ACGUUCGGCUGGGGUGCAAGUAGGGGGCGGUAGCGGCUGUAGCGGAGGUGUCGGUGGACGGGGCUUCGUUGCGGCGGUGGGCGGUGUUGUUGGGCAGGGAUUCCUUGCACUACGGCGCACGCGGGUCCGGGCCGGUUGCGCCUCAUAGCACGGCCGGAACAGCGCUGCCAACAGCCACAGCCCGAAGCUUGUCGUCGUUUCACGCGCUCGACGUAGACUAAUGCAGUGGCGGAAGUUCGCACGGCUGAAAACGACUGCUACCGGACAUUCGCGCACGCGAAGAAUGCUUUGUUGUGGCCGAAGAAAGGAAAAUGGAAGAUCUGUGCCUGACCUCACUGCAAGCCCCGGGCGGGCACCGCCGGGUCCGAUGCCUUCGCACCAGGCGCAGGCUCUCCAGCAGCAGCAGCAGCAGCAGCAGCAGCAACACCAGCAGCAACAGCAGCAGGGCAUGCAAGGACACCAUCAGCAGCAGCAGCGACAGGGUUCGAAGGAACCGGUCCUGCUGCAGGGUGACUUCCGGAAGGUGUCCGGCAUCAGUUCGGAGAUCUUCCGGCAGAUUGAGGCGGUGGAGAAUGACCACGAUCCGAGUACCGCGGCCGCUUUGGAGGUGGUGGAGCGAAGGGGCGAAAUGAUAGUUCGCAUCCUGGAGCCUCGAUGUAUGGGCAGUCGGCAGGCCAUCGAUGCGGGGCAGAAGUUCCUCAACAAGAGUGAUGCCAGGCACACUGUUCAGCUGGUGGAGAUCGUCAAACGACCGGGCCAGACACUAGGCCUGUACAUCCGCGAAGGCAACGGAGCGGACCGGUCGGAUGGCGUGUUCAUAUCUAGGAUAGCUUUAGAGUCGGCCGUUUACAACAGCGGCUGCCUGCGGGUUGGCGAUGAGAUUCUGGCCGUAAAUCUGGUCGACGUAACGCGGAUGUCUCUAGAUGACGUGGUAAUUAUCAUGUCAAUACCACGCCGCCUCGUACUGGCUAUCCGCCAGAGGCGUGGCAAUCGAGGUGCAAACUCGCCCGGUCCACCGCAGAUGUCUCGUCCCGAGCAAAAACCUCCUCCAGUCGUUGUAAUCAAGCGCGACCUGCGGGAUGAAGAUCUGGACGACUCGGAUCGAGCACCACGUUCCUCACGAUCUUCCCGCGAGCGUCGCACCGGAGACGGACGCGAAAUGACGGAGUCACGCUCACGACUCGGACUGGGCCUAAACAAUUACAGUCCACAGAGCGAACAGCUGGAUCUAUACUAUGGCGCGGGCCGCGGUCCGGGCGGUGGACCAGGUUCGGUCGAGACACCGAGCUGGGGCUACAAACCACCGGCACCGCCGUCGUCCGUCAUCACGGAACAACCGAAGGGUAUGCACGGUGGCUUCCAGACAUCACACUCCUACUACCAGAACGCCGGUACGCUCGAAAGCCUCGCGGAAAAGGUGCAUGCAUUCUACCCGUCGGCCACUACUAGCCGCCGCAUGUCGGCGGGCCCGGCCGGAGUUGCGAUGAGCCAAUCGCAUCAGCGCUUCCCGCGCAGCGGAUCCGAUCAGCAUCUGCCACGGGUCGAGUACGCGGACUACGCGUCCCUCGGACGACAUCCUCUGUUGGCACGCUCCAGUCUCAAGUCGGAUUUGGUUGGAGCGGCUCCGAUAGCUGGAGGAACUCUCGGCCGGUACGGUCGCUACGACGCACCUCCUCAGCCACGGGGUCCCAAGUACGGUCCAUCGCCCCUAGGAGCGACUGCCUCACUGCAACGCCGAUCACGUCCCGCGCUAGACUAUUCCAGCGAUACGGAGGCGACGAUCGGACCACGGCCCAGCUACUACUACUACAAUCAUCCGGCGAUGGCGGCCAGCGGUACGAUGGGACGGGGCAGCACGCAGGCACUUGGUGGAGGGCCCGAGUUCGCUAAGUUUAAUUCGCUACCCCGUGAACGACCGGGCGCGACAAGGUUAGGACUGCGGGGGCGCAUCACCGAUCGGCUGCAGGACGAAGCGGAUGGUAAUGUGUCCGCACCGGAGUAUUCAUUGCCGAUCCGACGAGAUAUUCGGGAUCUGCGCAAUCGCAUCACGGCCAGCCCGUCGAUCUUUACAUCGGAUGAGUAUCGGGCGUGGUUGCGGCGAGCACCAAGCAGUUCCGCCAUCUGUGAGCAGAUGCGUGCUUCGAGAGAUCUUCUCAAUCAGCAGCGCGCCCACCGGUUCUCUUGCAGUGCGGAGAACAUCCAUGACGUGCUGAAGAACACCGAGCACAUUUACAGCAGUCGGACAGGGUUGGGGGUGGGAGGCGGUGGUGGUGGAGUCGUUGGAGGCACACUGGACCGUCAUUCGAUGGCGGCUGGAGGUCCUCGAAUGUCUUCCCUGCCGGUUCGCUCCCUAUCCUCGCAACACAUUGGAGGACCAUCGUCGAUUCGGUCGCCUAGUGUGCGGCGCAUGAGACAGCUGCUAGAGCUAACGCAAGGCGCCGGGGUGGGUGGAGUACCAGGAUCGGUUAUGGCGGCUUUGGCUGGACAUCAGAGUCCAGCACCAACGCCGAGCACGACACUGCCACGAGCACACCGUCAGAUCGACAUCAAUCCGGCGGAAUACACCAAGUACAAGCUGGACAAACCGGUCGUGGAUGCGGUCGGUAUGUCGGGCAUGCUGUGGAUACACCUGCUGGCCGGGCGUGGAUUGCGUGCGAUGUCGGAAACAUCCCAGAUACAGCAACCGCUCAUACGAGAUCUGUACUGUGUGCUGGAGUGUGAUCGCAUUCACAAGGCACGUACGGUGGUUCGUUCGGGCGAUCUGCAGUUUGACUGGGACGAAUCGUUCGAGCUGGAUCUCGUAUGCAACAAGCAGCUGGACGUGCUCGUUUACUCGUGGGACCCACAGCACCGACACAAGCUAUGCUAUCGUGGUGCGCUUUCGCUCACGACCCUGCUACGACAAUCACCGAUACAUCAGCUAGCGCUUAAGGUUGAACCGAGAGGCACCAUCUAUCUACGACUCCGGCACACGGAUCCAUUCCAGCUGUUCCGGCGCCGUGGUCUGCCAAGUCUCCGAGGCAACGUUCCGGCGCUGUUCGGUGCGGAUCUGGAGACGGUAGUAACGCGAGAAUCGAAGGGAGCACCCGGAAGUGCUCCGGUCCCCAUCAUACUGCGUCGUUGCGUGGAAGAGGUAGAACGACGAGGUUUGGACAUUAUUGGUCUGUAUCGUCUUUGUGGUUCUGCGACCAAGAAGCGAUUGCUACGAGAGGCGUUCGAGCGGAACAGUCGCGCCGUAGAACUGACGCCGGAACACGUGCCCGACAUCAACGUCAUCACGGGCGUGUUAAAGGACUAUCUCAGGGAACUGCCGGAGCCACUGUUCACCAAGUGUCUCUUCCAGAUGACGGUGGAUGCCCUAGGUAGUGUUUGUCUACCUGAUGAUCCCGAGGGUAAUGCCAAACUUAUGCUCAGUAUUCUGGACUGCUUGCCACGAGCGAACAGAGCCACUCUCGUGUUUCUGCUCGAUCAUCUGUCACUGGUCGUGUCCGCGGCCGAGCGAAACAAAAUGUCGGCCCAGGCACUGGCGACCGCUCUCGGGCCACCGUUGAUGCUACAUUCGGCGAGCGUCGGCGCUAACGAGGAGAUUGAUCACGCACAACCGAUUGCGGUGCUGAAGUACUUGCUGCAGAUAUGGCCCCAGCCAGGUUCGGGCACGGGCGCACCUACUUCAGGUCGGCGCGGCGAGCCAGUCGAGCCGCGUGGAAACAAAGCCAGUGCGUUGCCAGCGGGCAAAUCGGUGGCGUCGUCGUCGGCGUCGGCGGCACUGCAGCUGGGCACCAACAGCAACAGCAUCAGUCACCGCAGCAGCAGCAGCUCCAACAUCCAGCAUCAGCUGCACAGCAGCAGCAACACCAACUUGGCGGCCACCAGCUCCAUCAGCUCCAGCAUCAGCCGCAGCCCACACGCCCUGGCCAGCAGCAGCAGCAGCAGCAACAUCCAGUCGUCGGUACCACCGUCUAUACAGCCCCGUUCAGCAGCCAACAAUCCAUCAACCACAUCCUCAACGCUCGGUCCGCAUCUGCUCUCAGCCACUCCCAGCACUCUUCAGUAUCAAUCAGUAGUGGCUCAGUUAGCUCAAUCGCAUCGAGCCUUGCAACAAGCGGGCCAACAGCCCCAUCAAUCGGAGGUCUCAGCGGGCUUGGCGGAGCGCGUCCAAUCGCCACAUCACGCCACACCCUCCCCAAGCUCUAGUUCCACUUCGUCCGCGUCCGGUUCUGGGUCGGGUACUGAUACAAUUAAGCGUGGAGCAUCACCUGCCUCGGUUAAGUUUAAGGAGUCUACCAGCAGCUACUCACUCAAGUCGGACACACAGAGCCGCAUUUUGGCUAGCUCGAGACAGCACCAGCAGCCGGGUACGUCCCAGUACACGAACGGGUCAGGCGGUAGCAACGGAGGCACCGGGGCGACUGCUUCAACGUCGUACGCGACGGAUCUACUGCACGCUAGAACUAGCUCUCUGUUUGCAUCUUCGGCCGGGUCCGACUACCUGUCAUCGACAUCCUCGAUCGCAUCCUCCGUUGCAUCGUCAGCGGCAGGUGCUGGUGGACCUGCCACAUCAGCCGCAUCUGCUUCUUCUUCUGCCGCCGGUCUGUACGGUAAGGUAAGCUCUGCGCCCGGAGUCACCUCUGCACCGGUGACCAGCACGCUCAACAUCACCACGUUCAGCUUGGAUGAGAAGAACAAUUUGGUGGUGUCGCCGUCACCUUCGUCGGCUUCGGAGUCAUCGUACAGGUCAUCGAGCCCGGCUUCUAGCAUACAGCGUGACAAAUCGCCGAAUAAGUCCGGCUCACCGUCACCAUUGCGUCGUCAGGAUCCGCUCGAUCGGGCCGAUAGCUUGCCUGCUACCGGUACGUCUGCUCCUUCGACCACAACAUCGGCGACCGCUCCAGCAACUACGGCGAGCUCUUCCAGCUCGUUUAUGUCGUCGCUGAGAUCCCAAACGCUCGGUAGCUAUCAGUUCCCGUCGACGAAUCUGAAACUGACCAGCCAGCUGAGUAGUGGAUCUUCUGGACAGGAAACGUCUGACGAUGGUAGUACAUCGUCGCUGUUACGCAAGCUUACCUCUUCACUGUCGCGAACGAUUGUAAGCAAUACGGGCACGCUACCAUUAUCGUUGGGUCGGGAGAAACUUGCCGAACUGUCCUCAACGGGACCGUCGGGUGCGACCGGAGCCGGUAGCAGCUCAGCUGGAGCUUACUCGAGUAGCAGCGGUAUCGGUAGCAUUAGUAGCAGCAUUAGUAGCAGCAUCGGAGGCAGCAGCAGCAACACCAGCAACAGCGGUGGUGGACUUCGAGCGAUGAGUUCUUCGCUAGGGUACACGGGCAUUGGCAGUGGGGCGUCAGCAUUGGACGGUGGGUCGUCGGCUGGUGGAGGCUCCAGCUCGGUAACGACAGCGGCCGCUGUUACGAGCAUGAACCUCUACGGCACACUGCCCAAGAAUUCGUCCAUCUACUCGUCGUACGGCGUCGGUUCGUCCAGUACGUCCGUGAGUGCGUCGGGCAGUGGGCUUUCUGGGUUGCUGUCCGGUACGACUAGCUCGUACGGCAUCAGUGAGCGGCUUCGGGCGCUCACUUCGGGUGGCGUUGGUGGCGACAGCGGUACUGGUGGUGGGUCGACUGGUGGUUCGGCCAGCAUCGACAGUGGAGCCACCGGUUCGUCAGCGGGUGAUCUCGAAAGCAGUGGCUACGAUUACGAAUCGUCCGGCUUUUCGUCCGCCUCGUACAGUGGCAUGGCUUCGAGUGGUGCCUCGAUCGGAUCCGGUGGUGGUCUGUCUUCGUCGUACUUUAGCACCGGAAGUAACAGUAGCCCGUUUGCUACGGUGUCCGGAAGUGGGGGAAUCACUGGUACGAAGGGGGCGGAUACAAACCCGUACCGGGUCCAGUAUGCCUCUACCAAUCCUUUCCUGCCUAGUUUUAAUCCGACGAGUGAUGGUAGUAACGGUAGUCGUGGGGACACAAAGACAUCCAUCGACGAUGAACCAUUUGACAUGAAGUAA